AGAGGAAACGAAGUAUAGAUGGAAUCGAUAUGUACACGGGUUCUUCAGAAAAAGCAGAAAUGUGGAGAUGAGCAAAGAAAGUAUUUUGACCGAGUGGUACGGAGAUCUGGGACCAAAAUAGUGCAAAGUAGUUUUUAUUCUCCCUCGGUCAAGACUGGACGCCUGCUGAAAAAGUUAAUUGCUGACAACAAGAAUUUUGAAACUAUUGACACGAUGAAAAAACUUUUGGCAAUGAAGAAGAGUAAGCAAGCUACAAAUGUCACUACAGAAUCUGUUCUUGAAAAUUAUGCGAGUCGCCCGACCACUGCUUGGGAUCUUCUCGAAUCAUCACAGGUUGUUAAGUCAUUGAAACCAAAUCAUGCUGCACAACCCAAACCGGCGGGGCACACAAGAUUUGUCUGUAUCUCAGACACGCACAAUAGGACGGAUAAAAUGGAACAUGUUAUUCCUGAUGGUGACAUCUUGAUCCACGCAGGAGACUUUACAAGCUUUGGAUCGCGAGAUCAAGUAAUCCAUUUUAACAAUUUUUUAAGCACUCUAAAUCAUCCACACAAAGUUGUGAUCGCCGGAAAUCAUGACAUUUCGUUUGAUCUCAAGAAUUAUGAUUCUUUAUGGUCAAAUUUUUCAAGGACGCGAGAAGAUCCCGUGGAAAUUCGUCAAACGCUCACCAACUGCAUUUAUUUAGAAGACGAAGAGGUGACUUUGCUUGGAUUUCGAAUUUUUGGCUCUCCCUGGACACCAGAGUUUUGUGAAUGGGGCUUCAUGAAAACUCGUGGCGAGCCAAUACAAGAAAUAUGGAACAAAAUUCCAGAUGGAACUGACAUUCUUAUAACCCAUGGACCACCUCUAGGUCACGGAGAUCGUACCAUUUCAAAUGUAAGAGCUGGAUGCCUUAAUCUUUUGCACACUGUACAGUCCCGUGUUAAGCCUAAGUACCAUGUUUUUGGACACAUCCAUGAAGGAUAUGGAAUAACUACUGAUGGAGUUACGACAUUUGUUAAUGCCUCAUCAGUUACAAUCCAGUACAAGCCUUCUCACCCACCAAUAGUCUUUGACCUUCCAAACAAAGAAACCUGAACAAACUACAAAAUAAUUUGAACA